AUGUUUUUCUUCCUCUCUCUCCUCCAAUGUGUAUUUCCCGCCAGAACCGUUCCUCCGACAUCACCACCAGAAUUAACAGUCAAAGACCUCUCAAAUAACGACACGUGGAAGAGCUUCUCCAAGUUCAUGAACGCCGACAAGGGUGCUAACUUCUCCGGCAUGUCUGAGCUCAAGAAAUACUUCCACCGAUUUGGCUACAUCACCGUCAUCGACAACUUUACCGACAACUUCGACGAAACCCUUGAAACCGCCAUCUUAAACUACCAGAAAAAGUUGGGGUUGCCGAUCACCGGGAAACUGGACUCCGACACUGUCACUCAGAUCAUGUCGCCGCGGUGUGGCGUCUCCGACGGAGACAUUCCAAACCGGAAACAUAAAUUCCACGUGACUAAACAUUACGCGUUCUUUCCCGGUGAGCCGAGGUGGAAGAAACCGGCGAAGUCGGAGACAAUGACGCUAACGUACGCUUUUUCCGACACCCAUAUGAUUGAUUACAUUAGUUACUUCGACAUACGAGAUGUUUUCCAGCGUUCUUUUUCAAGGUGGGCGUCUACGAUCCCUGUGAGCUUCAAGGAGGUAGACGAUUACCGAAAAGCAGACAUAAAAAUAGCUUUUUAUCAAGGGGAUCACGGCGACGGAGUGUCGUUUGACGGCGUUUUAGGGGUGUUGGCGCACGCUUUCUCGCCGGAAAACGGUAGGCUCCAUUUAGACAAAGCUGAAACGUGGGCCGUUGAUUUCAAAUCAAGUAAAUCAAAUGUGGCCGUUGAUUUGGAGUCGGUUGCAACCCAUGAAAUUGGGCAUAUACUCGGGUUGGCCCAUUCGUCGGUUCAGGAGGCGAUUAUGUAUCCAAGUUUGGGUCCGAGAACUAAAAAAGUGGAUCUUAAAAUUGAUGAUGUAAAGGGGAUCCAGGAGCUAUACGGGUCAAACCCGGAUUUUAGGUAUACUCCAUCCAUGGAAUCGGAUAUUUCGUAUGUUAUCCGAACCCGGAUAGGAAAUUGGAUCAAGUGGGUGAUUUCAUUGGUGUUAUUUGUGGGUUUUUUACUUUGA